AUGGAUCAAAGUGUAGAUUGGUCUCAACUCCCCACAGAGCUAUGGCCCAAGAUAGGAAAAUGUCUUGAUAAUCACAUAGAUGUCCUCAGAUUUCGCAGGGGUCAGUUUUAUGUAACUGAUAAAUGGGGAGCUAUUUCAUGGAUUGAUGUUUGUUCUUUGAAAUUGAUCCAAUUUUCACCUCCUUUGUGUGGUUUUGGAAACAAGAAGCAUUUGGUGGAAUCUUGUGGGAGUCUUUAUGUUGUUGAUGGAUACUAUGAAAGUGAAAACAUGAGAAGAAACUAUGCGGGAAGACAGCGCGAUCGAGAUGAUGCCGUGGAAAGUUUCAAAAUUUAUAAGUUGGAUGAAGAAUGGGGAACAUGGAUUGAUGUGAAAAACUUGAGUGAUAGAGCUUUCAUUUUGAGCAAAAGUUGCAACUUUUCAGUUUCAACAAAAGAACUAAUGGGAUACAAAGGGAACUGCAUCUACUAUAGUGAUACUUUUGAUGAUUGGAUGUAUAAUUUGGAUGAUCAUAGAAUUAUUGACAAGAUUUUAUGGUCUCAUUGA